AUACUACUGGUUUUUAUAUUGUACAUCAAAAGGAACAAUGCUACAAUUUUCAUCAACAAAUAAAUAUCAUCCUGGGAAGUGUAAAAUAGAUCAACAGAAAUUUCUAUUUUUUAGAUCUACCUUGAUCUGAUUAAAUCUCAUAAACCAAAGAAAAUUUAAUUUGCGUAAAUUUAUGUGUAUCUAUACACACUGAUCUAAAAUAAUUAUUGUAUUUCUAAGAAGAUCUCUAUGGACCUUGAUGAUAAAAAACAUUUAAUGCAUCUACAGAGGUCACAGAAGAUCUGCGGAGAUCAAAGCAGAUAUACGCAGAAGAUAAUAAAUCGUAUUAGAGCAAACAGCUGAAAAAAAUAGCUGGUGGAAUGUCAAAACUACUUAACAAUAAAGAAAAAAUUGAUACCUUGUAAUUGAGUAAUAUCAGGGAAAAUAAUAAGAGGCAUUAUGAAUAACUGACAGAAUAAAUCGUAGACAACUGAAUUGUAGGAGCAAUGAAUCGACAAAUUUUUCGAAUUGGAAUGAGAACUUCUAAUGUGUUUUAUAUUUUUUUAAUCUUGUUGGAAUAGUUGGUAUUGAGUAAUAUUAUUGUGAACAGUGAGUAGGUGGGCAGUCGUAUUUUUUUGUUCUUAUGCUCAAAAGUGAAACAGUUAAACACAAAAUUUGAAUUAAAAAUUUAUACGUGUAUUUUUCGUUUUCGAUACCUCGAGAACCACUGAAGAUAUUGGCUCCAGGCAAAUUUUAUUUGAAAGAUUAUACAAUGAAGAAGAUCUGAAAGAAGUUUGAUCUGACGAAAAAAUGUAAAAUAAGUUGAGUUAAAAAGACAUUUAGAAGAAAUUGUACUUAUUAAAUGAUUGCUAUUGUUAGAAAUGCGGUCAAUAUUAAUAAAAUAUAAUAGUUAAUGACUUUAAAUGAUUUGAACAAUUAUAUAUUGUUGAUAAUAACGUCAAUUCGUUAUAAACUACUGAGAAUGUUUGUAAUUAAUUUAAUUAUAAUAUAAUUACCAGGAUUUUAUUCGAUAGAAAACAAUAAACUAUCGUUAUAAAGAACUUUUUAUAAUUAAACAAUUGUAUACUACUGAUAACGACAACAAUUCCUUAUAAGUACAAAAGAAAAUCAGAAGAUGACAAAAUAACGAAUUUCAAUGAAUCGGAAGUUGGUCGUUAGAAACCCAUUUUUUAAAUUGUAAUUUUAUGUUAUUAUUUAUUACUUUGUAGUUAAUAGAAGAAUAUUUUUCUUCAACAACACAUUACAGUAUGCAAAAUCCUCCUACAAUAGAUCCAGAUGUGCGUGAUGAUCCAGUGGGAUGGAGAUUUUGGAGAAAACGUCGAUACGUUGUGGCUAUAUUGGCUUUUUUCGGAUAUGUAGCUGCAUACAGUCUUCGAGUGAAUUUAAGCGUUGCAAUUGUUGCAAUGACUUCCGACACAUCAGAGACAGAAGCAGAAUUUCAUUGGAACUCAAAACUUCAAGGCAUCGUACUGAGUUCUUUUUUCUAUGGGUAUGCUAGUACUCAGCUUCUCGGUGGAUGGCUGAGUUCUCGAAUAGGUGGAAAGAGAGUAUUUGGUAUUGGAAUAGGUGUAACUGCACUUUUGACUGUUAUAUCACCACCAUUAGUCAGGAUGAACGUCUAUGUAUUCAUUGCAUUGCGAAUUAUUGAAGGAAUUUUUGAAGGAUUAACCAUUCCAUGCACCCAUGCUAUUUGGUCGAAGUGGGCUCCACCAUUAGAAAGAUCGAAGUUGGUAUCAUCAUCUUUUGCUGGAACCUUUGUUGGAACAGUAGUUGCUAUGCCUACUUGUGCCAUUAUGGCUAAUAAAUUUGGAUGGUCAUCUAAUUUUUAUGUUUAUGGCACGUUUGGAUUAGUGUGGUUUGUGUUGUGGUGGAUCUAUGUCACAGACGAUCCUGCAGAUGAUCCUAGAAUAUCUGAAUCUGAAUUAAAGUAUUUACAGCACACGCUUGGAAAGAGUGAAAAGAAGACCAUUUCUCAUCCUUGGAAAGCAAUGUUUACAUCUUCAGCAGCCUGGGCCAUCGUAGCAGCCCACUUUAGUGAGUUGUGGGGCUUUUUUACCAUGCUAACUCAACUGCCAAAAUUUAUGAAAGAUGUGUUAAACUUCAAUUUAGAUAAAUCUGGAUAUUUAUCAGCAAUUCCUUACCUAAUACUUGCUUUUGUUCUACCAGUUUCUGGUUUUCUAGGAGAUUAUGUCAUAUCAAAGAAUUUCUUAAGCACAACUAAUGUUCGCAAAGUUACUACUUGUGCUUCAUUUUUGAUUCAAACAGUGUUCAUAACAAUGACUGCGUUUACUGAAUCAGCCACAGUUGCAGUGGUUGGUUUGUGUUUAGCCAUAGGUCUUGGGGGAUUUGCAAUGUCUGGAUUUGGAAUCAAUCAUUUAGACAUCGCUCCUCCACAUGCAAGUGUUCUUUUGGGAAUAAGCAAUACUAUAGCUACCUUUGGUGGUAUCAUCAGUCCAUUACUUUCUGGUUACAUUGUUCAAAAAGGAACUGCUGCUGAGUGGAGAAUAGUUUUUCUAAUCGCUGGAGCAAUUUAUUUAAUUGGAGCAUUGAUUUAUGGCAUUUUUGCUUCCGGGGAAUUGCAAAAAUGGUCUAAAAAUAGUGAUAUUGAAAAAAAUGAGGAUUCACAUGCUUACAGUAAUCGUGCAUUAGAUGUAGACACUCAUAUGUAAUUAAUUUUAAAUGAUUAUCACUGUCGAAAAAUUUUAUAACAGAUUUAUU